ACUAAAAUUCCCGGUUGUUCGGGUGUCUACGUUACUCCCGAAAUUAGUUUUAGAUAGGUUAGUGGUUCUUAGUAUAUGGAGUCGUAUAGCCAGACUUUCAAUAGUUUUGAAAAUAACUGACCGCGUUUAAAAAGAGGCGACACUUUGAAUAUGUAAGUCUAUUUACUAAACGCUGUUGACUAUAUUUCGUGAACGAAUGACGGUUCAGUCGACGUAGAAAUGAGGCUGAGUAGUCUAUAAGUAUGGAUACGGUAUGCAAAUGCUAAAUUACUAAACUCGAUUCCUACUUUGCAUAGUCCUGCGCAACUAUGGAUUCAUUUUUAAGGUAUAGAUAACUGUGUGACCCCUCCGUAUGAACUUAAGUCGGUUGUCCCAUCCUCCAUAAAGAGUUUUUGGCAAUGUACUACAUAUUGAGCAGGAUAAAUAAUAACAGUUGGUACGGUUUGCUUCAAGUGUUGUGGAAUUUGUGGCUGGAGUUAGCAAUUAAAUGUUUGUUCCUCUUUAGUAACAAGUGUAUAGAGCUUCCAACUUGUUGUAGGAAUGCCGAUACAAUCAUGCAACCAUUGGUAGGCUGCAUCCGCCAGCAUGGCUCAGACAAAUUGAUUAACUAUACGCUGACAUCACGUGUUGGUUGUUGUGGCUCUUAUUUUAAAUGUUCGAGUUUUAGGAAUUUUAACACUUGAACAUAACUUUCUAAUUUCUUUAGAGUAGUUAAGUGAUGCUGUUUAUAUAAAAACAUGGUUAAUCACGGUCAACUCAGGUAGCGUUCUCGUGAAGCUUUACAAAUUGUACAUGAUUCUAAAUUUGUAUCGCGCGUUGUUCCCAUACAAUUGAUUUCAAUAAAUUAUAGAUCGUAUUCGCUGCACGACUUAUCAUGUUACCGUUUCCCUCUUCUAACGACGUCAUACUGGUGAUCUUUUCACUGUUUGCAAUUACACUAGUUACCGGAAAUCGAAAUGCAACUCAAUGGGACGUUCGACGUAAAGCUAGGUAAAAGUUUUCUAGAUCGAGAUUCAACAUCCUACAUGACCAUGCGUUGUGAUUUCAUGCCUGCUUCUGUCGAUCGUUCACAACCUGGGUCAAUCAAAGUAAACGAGAGCAAAGAAGUUGUUGUUAGCCUGCCCAACGUUACAAACUCUGGACCAGAUACAGCAACUUUGUUUCGUGGAACUGCACGUCCUGUUCAAAAAGAAUGUAUUUUGAUCUACAAUAAAAAGACCCAUGAAUUAACCUUGGAGAGAAUUGCACAUACUGUGCAGCUAAAGAAAACCCGAGAAGAACGAAAAGCUGACACCACUUGUCCGACCAACUCAGAAAUGCCACAGUUCCAGUCCUUGGCUAGCCGCUCAGAACAAGAUUUAAAAUCUAUUCGACCAUCUCCAACCAAAAGAAAAUCUAAUGAUCCCGAGAUAUCGACUUCGAGUUCUAUAGUACAGCAGCCAACUCAAAAAAAGCCUCCACAUUCGAGAACGCUAAGUAGUAGUAGUAGCAGUAGUAGUAGUAAUAGUGGUACUUCUAGUAGUAGUUGUGACAUGGAUAUUGAAACAUCAGAGAGUGAUAGUGACAGCUCCUCAGAAAGUGAUUCAAAUUCAUCUACUCUUAGUAGUUUAUCAAAUGACAGAAACAAAACGUCGAAAGCAAAACCAUCUUCAAAUGGAAAAACUAAUACGAAAACAGUCAAUGCAACAAAUUUAGCAGCCCAUCGUAAACUGAUUGAACAUGAUUUAAAAUUAAGUGAUUCUGACUCUGAUUCUUGUGCAUAGAAUGUUCUAGGAAAAAAGGCUGUUUUCUGUGAUUUGUGCUGUAAAUAGUGAUUCUUACUAUCAAAAGACAUUAAAGAAGUGUGUACCACUUUUCCGUAUAUGAUUAUCUCAUGAUUGAUUUUAUUUGUCUUCAAAUAAAUACUUCUAUUUACAU